GAACGAUGUCAUACAUUGUGUCACAUGACCACGAGACUCCACGUGACACGUGAAGAAGGAAGUGUGUUUUGCUGCUCAUUUUGGUACCACAACAAGAAUUUCUCACAAGCUGUCGACUGAACGGUUUUACGCUACGACUAGGAACACAUUAGAGUGGCUACAAUGGACCCCACAGCUUCGGGAGUAUUUUGUGGGAGGAUGCUUAGCAUGGUCAACUCCGAGGAUGUCAAUGCCAUCAUUCAAGCACAACGACAUAUGCUGGACCGCUUUGAGAAGACCAAUGAGAUGCUGAUCAACUUCAAUGGUCUGUCCAACGUGAGGCUUCAGCAGAUGAACGACAACUUCCUGCAUCACACACGAACCCUACUGGAGAUGAAGAAAGACCUAGACAGCAUUUUCCGCAGGAUAAGGGCACUGAAGGGAAAGGUUGCUAAGCAGUAUCCAGAUGCAUUCAGCACUGUUCAUGAGUCCCCUAUUCUUGAGGAUGAGGACGAGGACUUUGACCCAGUCCCACCCAGUGUAGCCACCACCACCACCACGGCUACGUCCGAGCAGAGCACCGAAUCCUGCGACUCAUCCCCUGACGUCGUCUCCCCUACCGUAAGCCGCUGCUCCGAGGACCUCUCACAGGAGCAACCAGAGACUCCUACCCUUAACAGCCCCCCGGGAACAGAACUCAAGGACGAAGGCCCAGAUUAAUACGGGAAUAAGAGGGUUAUUCCAAGUGGACUCUUGUGAUGAAUGAUGUGGCUGUGCAAAAAAUACUGUCGUUUGGUCAACGAUGGUUGAUGCUGCUGCUUUUUGGUGAUUUAGUCUGCUUUGUUGUGGUUUGCUUAGUAUUAUCUUUCUGAAAAGCAUAACUGAUGUUUGACAUGCACUGAUGCAACAUGGCACAGCAUGACUGAAAAUGCCGCCUACCACAUCUCAUUCAGGUUUUCAUGUACAGUAUGUACUACUCCUAAUUGCUUGAAUUAAUUAAAACAUGUUGUGGACAACU